AUGCCCCGGAGCCCAAGGAAGCCAGGAGCUCCAGGAAACCCAGGAGGCCAUGAAGGCCACGGAGGCGCCUGGGGACCAGGAAGCCCAGGAGGUCCUGGAGGCCCAAAGGCACCGGGGGCGGAGGAAUCGCCGGGGGCGCAUUGCCUGGGAACGAGGAAGCCCAGGAGGCCCUGGAGGCCCUGGAGGCCCAAAGGCACCGGGGGCAGAGGAAUCGCCGGGGGCGCAUUAAUGUCCGGGGGCACAGGAGGCUCCGGGGGCCUCCUACAGGAGACGCCGAGGGCGCAGGAGGCCCUGGAGGCCCAGGAGCCGUCGGAGCCACAGGAAGCGUCGGAGGACGAGGAGGCGGUGGAGGUUCAGGAGGUGCCGGAGGCCCAGGACGCCCCCCGGACACCCAGGAGACCCAUGAAGCCUUGUGAGCUCUAUCCACCUCUCAAAAUAGUUGGUCAGACGGAGACCCAGCAGGCCCUGGAUGAACCGGAGCUUAAGGAAGCCCAGGAGCCCCAGGAAACGCCGGAGACCCAGGAGGUGCCUGGGGACCAGGAAGCCCAGGAGGUGAUGGAGGCCCAGGAGGCACCGGGGGCGCAGGAAUCGCCGGGGGCGCAGGAGGCUCCGGGGGCCUGCUGCAGGAUAGCCGAGGGCGCAGGUGGCCCAGGAGGCACCGGACGCCCAGGAAGCGUCGGAAGACGAGGAGGCGUCUGA